AGCUCAGCCACAGUGGUGAGAUCUCUCUCUGUCUAGCUUCGUGUUUGUUUGUUUAGUAGUUCUUUGAAAUCUCAUUGUCUCUCCUCUCUUUCCAUUCAUUACUUUCUUUCUUUUCCCACUUUCCCUCUCAUUUUCCUCUCCCUCACUUAAAUAAAUAAAAUAAAAUAAAACUCUGUAAUUUUGUUUCUUUUCUUUUCAGAUACACUUUCCCUCUCAUUUCCCAUCCGCUUUUCUUUUAUUUUCUUUUCCAUCUCACGCCCCUCAGUUUUCCCAUGGAACACACCCCCUCUCCCCCGUGACUUCAUCUCCCCAAUUCUUUUUAAUUUUGUUUCAAAAUUUUCAAAAAACAACUUCGAUUUCCUCUCCUCAUGAUUUCAACCUCUCUCCCUCUCUUCUUCUUGUUUUCCUUCUCCCACCACCAUGCGAUCUCCUCAGGUCCAGGCAGCGCGUAACGGUGAGACGCCGUCGCCGCCGCAGCAUCGCCACCACUACAACCACAACCAGACUCCCUUUCACUCCACCCUCUCCGUACAGAAGCUCCGUCGAUUCAACUGGCUCAUCUUCGUCUUUCGCCUCGCCGCUUUCUGCUUCUCCUUCACUUCCUCCGUCUUCAUGCUUACUAACUCGCGCGGCUCCUCUCCUCGCUGGUACGAUUUCGAUGCUUUCAGAUUCGUAUUCGCAGCGAAUGCAAUAGUAGCGCUGUACUCUAUAUUCGAAAUGGUAGCAUGCGUUUGGGAAAUAUCUAGAGGAGUCACCCUCUUUCCCGAAGUCUUACAGGUCUGGUUUGACUUCGGCCACGACCAGGUGUUCGCGUACCUGUUGCUGUCUGCGGAGUCGGCGGGAAUAACGCUGGCGAGGGUGCUAAAAGGGGAGGACACGUGUAGCACAUCGAGCGGGUUUUGUGUGCAGGCAGACAUAUCCAUAGCCCUCGGAUUUGCCGGGUUUCUAUUCCUAGGGUUUUCGUCGUUGCUAUCGGGUUUUCGGGUCGCCUGCCUCGUCAUCAACGGUUCUCGUUUUCAUAUGUGAAGAAGGAAUGGGAAUGGGAAUGGGAAUGGGAAUGUGAUGGGAGAGAGAAUAAUUGGGUGCGUCAGGGUAUUGCUUUUUUUACUGUGUGUCCUGGUAUGGUCUGAAUGGACGACUGAUUGGAUGUAAACGUGAUGUGGCACUGGCGACUGUGUGUGUAUAUUAACCAUGUUUUAGAGAUUUGUCUAUUCUUUCUUAAUUACUUGCUAAUUAAUUCCUCAAUUUUUAUUUUAUUCAAACACUCUUCCAAUAAAGUCUUCUUUU